AUGAAUCUCAUCUUAUAUCUAUAAUCAAAGUAAGUAAUUAGCUAUCAAUCUUAAACUUCUGAUAUUUUAUUAACCAGAUAAUAAGAUAGAUCAAAAUUUAAAAUAAAUGAAUUUGUAAAUAGUCUUAAAAUGUAUUUUAAAUAUUAAAUUACAUCCCCAAAAAAUUAAUAAUAAAUAAUAAAUCAAAAAAUUGAAAAAUUGAAAAAAGAAAAAAAAAUUGAUAAAAUGCAAUUCAAAAACGCAAUAUUGAUUUUAUUAGUCUUUGUACUUCUUAUCUGCUCCAACCCCUCUUCUUAAGUUGAAGCUAAAGCACUAAAAUCAUAGACAUAAAGCACUAAAGAACAAUCUAUUCAUGGCUGUAGUAAAUAAGGAGAAAGCUGCAAAUCUUAGAGAUGUUGCUCAGGAGGAAACUGUUUCGCAGGUUUAUGUUUUCCUAAUUGA